UUCAGCAGAGCCACGGAUGUGUUCCCAGGGGGUUGGCAGUAGACGUCUCAAAGACAGGGAGAGAAGGAGAGGAGAGUGGAUUAUGAAGGCACACAGUGUCCACACGCAGACAACACUACAGGGUAAUGGGGAAUCAGACCUGCAUCUUCCUGUGGAAACUAAGAGAACCAACAGGACAGAUGUCCCAGCUGUUAUCCAGCGUCCACCCCACGCUAUCAAUCUGCUUCUGGCUCUUCAGCAUGUCUUUGUCCAGUGCUCUCUACUCGUUCUUGUGCUGGGUGUUUUGCAGCCUCAUUUACCAUCAGGAGAUGGAGAUGAGGAGAGGUUUCUGUCCUCCAUGUUGUUCUACUCGAGCCUCUCCACCCUGCUUCAGAGCUGUCUGGGAACGUGCUUACCUGUGGUCCAGGUUCCCUCUCUGGAGGGCCUGGUUCCUGCUCUGGUUCUCGCCGCACAGACCGUGGGGGAUUCGGCCUGCAGGGGGCGCUGUGGGGAGAACAAGGACCAGAUCCUGCCCAGAACCAUCCAAGUCAGAGAGCUGCAGGGUGUGACAGUGACGGUCGGUUUGAUCCAGUUGGUUCUGGGUUUGACGGGCCUGGGCGGGGUGGUUCUGAGACACUGUGGUCCACUGGUCAUGGCUCCCGUGCUGUGCCUGCUGGGCUUCUCCAUCUACAGGGAGGCGGCGCUGCUUUGUUCGGACCACUGGGCCAUCGCUGCGCUGGUGAUUAUUCUGCUAGUAGGCAUGUCCCAACAUUUACGCUCCUUCCUGUUCCCAACAUGCCUCCGGCUGCCUCAACUCCCAGUCUUCAGGAUGAUCUCUGUUCUGCUGCCUGUGCUGAGUGUCUGGGCGAUGUGUGCUGUACUAGAGACCUUGGGUUAUUUACAUCUGCACUCUGUCUCUGAGCUGCUGCCGGUGCUGAAGUCUAGUAACUCUUCCCUCCUGGCACCUCCACCAUCUGAGAAAAACCUCUCCUCCAGCACUGUCCACUGGCUCCGCCUCCCGCUGGCAGUGGAGGCAGGGCUCCCCCUGUGGUCGGCGCGAUGCAUUGCGGCCGGUGUUGUUGCAGCUCUCUCCUCCUCUGUGAGCUCUGUGGGAGUGUACAUGUUAACUGCCCGCGUACUGGGGGCCCCCCCUCCCCCUCCUGCUGCCUUUAACAGAGGCCUGGGGGCGCAGGGCCUGGGCAGUGUGGUGGCUGGCCUGAUGGGGGCGCCACUUGGGCUCAGCAGCAGUGUCCCCAACGGCUGUUUGCUGAGAAUCAGCCAGGCUGGGUCUAGGUGGACAGUGCAACUGGCAGCCAUCUUGGGUCUUGCCCUAGGAUUGUCCCCUCGUCUGACACAGCUCCUCACCUCUGUCCCCUUGGCAAUCUAUGGUGCUGUUCUCAGUGUGACCUAUGCCAUCGCCAUGGCAAUGGGGGUGACAUAUUUCCAGUUUACACACAUAGAUUCUGGGCGUAACAUCUUCAACACCGGCUUCGCGCUCUUCAUGUCCCUUGUCUUGCCUCACUGGUUCUGUCUACGGAGCGAUUUUAUAGAUACUGGUAUGACCAGUGUUGAUGUUCUACUCCAGUCUCUUCUGACCUCACCUGUGCUGCUGGUGGGCAUCUUUUCUUUCCUACUGGACAACACUGUAUCAGGAUCUCUGGCGGAGCGGGGGCUCGACUCCGCAGAGAGCAGGAAGACGGGGAGGACGUUGGUCAGCGGCGAACCCGGCCACUGGACUACAGGACACCAACAGGAAGUAGCUUUGGUGUAUGACUCCCCUUACCUCCUGACAAGACUGUGGAACUUACCCGGGUUCAGGACGGUCGCCUACACAGCCUUCAGGAUCCCAGAUGAUGGGGAUGUUCUCUAGAGUUGUGUUGGACCCAUGUGUGCGGAAAGGUCCAAGGUUUCAUCGUGUGAUAAAGGGACUGAGAAGUGCAUGUAAUGAGAUGAACCUGACAAUUAAACCGUUUCUGGACUCACAGGGAGGGGAGAUGGAAGACUGACUGGCUCACGCCGUUUAUGUACUGAACUGGUAUUUCUCAAGUGUUAUGCUUGGUUAACUCAAUGUGUGACUCCAGGACACAAAUAAUAAUGACUGUGAAGAAUUACGAAGAUACAUUGCCUUAUUUUUAAAAAUAGAUAUUUAAAUUGUUUCUCACAACAUAAUAUUAUAAUAUACAUCUGACAUACUUAAUGCUUCUGAUUACCAGUGGAAAACAUUAUUCCAUAAAGUAACUGUGAAAGGCUGAACAUGUAACUACAAUAUAACAGAUAUACCUGAACACAAUGACUGGCUGUGGACAGCAACAUACUGUAUUACACACAGAUGCAUGAGUAAACU